AGUACAGUGGUUGUGUCAUUGUCCAUCACUGGUUGAACAUAGUUACAGAGGAAGCAGCAAUAAGAAGAAAAACAGAUGGAAUAUUUCACUCGUGUAUGCAUAUUACUGGUGUUAUCAUUGGUCGCAGAGACAUGUGCAUCAGCAGAUCAGUCGUAUGCCCUCUGUGGUGGUCAAAAGGGUUUUAUACGUUGUCUGAAAGGAACCAAAAUUCAGAUUCUAACCGCCAGUUACGGACGAACAGACCCCAAGCUGUGUCCCAGUGGUAAAACAGAUACACGAACAUGUCAUUCAAAAACAUCGGAACUGAAGGUCAAAUGGAACUGUAAUGGGUACAGGACAUGUCAUCUUCAGGCCACUGACCAGAACUUCGGGGAUCCGUGUCCUAAGUAUUCCAAAUAUCUGGAGGUCAAGUAUCGUUGCGUGAAGACCCCAAAUCCACAUCCUGCAGAGAAAACAAUCAUCGCCUUUAAUGCGUACACCACCAAACAUUUGCACCUAAAUCCAAAUUCUCCUAUCAAUGUUGUUUAUGAUGGCGUCCAUCUCAACAGAGGAAUGGCCUACAAUCGUCAUAGUGGAUUCUUCACAGCGCCCUCUGACGGACUGUAUAUUUUUACAUGGACAAGUUUGGUGCUCUCUAAAAAAAUCUUUGACACAAAUAUUCUUGUCAAUGGAAUUCAUAAAGGCUACUCAAAUUGUAACAAUCGUUAUAAUCCAGGGUUUGGAAACUGUGCCAAUACUGUACCACUGAUUCUCAAAACUGGUGACAAGGUCAACAUCCGUACAACCACCGCUGACAAUUUGUCUGCAAAUUGGUCGAGUUUCAAGGGAUGGAAAGUGUAAAAUAUAUAAUAAAGAGAAUUUUAAAGAAGA